AUGCCGCGCGACACCGACCUCGACGCCGAGGCGGCGCGCCUCUCGAAGCUGGACAAGGAAGUGCAUCCCGAAGCGGUACUCGAUGCUAUGGGCGAGAGCGUUGCGCCAGAGAAGCCGGCCCACUCGCCUUUUGUCGGGUUCGCGGCAGGACUGCUGUCUGGCUGGACGAAACUCAUCGUGGGACAUCCCUUUGACACGAUCAAGACGAGACUGCAAUGUGCUCCGAAGGGGUACUACAAGGGAGCAGGCGACUGUUUCCUGUCGACUGUGCGGCGCGAAGGUCCACUGGCGCUGUACAAGGGUGCCUCUGUCCCCGCCGUGUCGUGGGGAAUCACAGAUUCGAUCCUGAUGGGCUCAUUACACAACUACCGCGCGUGUCUGAAAGACUGGGGGAUUUUGACCGAGUGGGCACCCUCCCCCGACGGCGGGCCAUCGAGCGAAAAGCGCCUCAGCAUUGCGGGACACGCGCUCGCCGGCCUCAUGGCGGGCUGGACGAAUGCGUCCGUCGCCCACCCCACCGAGACGAUCAAGUGCAAGCUCCAGCUCCAGCUCGUGCAGCCCGAGCAUGUGCCGAAGCAGUAUAAGGGCCCCGUCGACGUGGUCCGGCAGACGAUAGCGGCACAGGGUAUCACGGGCAUGUGGCGCGGCCUUCCGGCCAGUUUCAUGUAUCGGUCGUGCUUUGCGGCCAUGUUUGGAGGAUCAGCUGAGUGUAAGGAGCUUCGAGCUAACUUUCGCAGGCUUCGAGGUCUUCAACCGCCUCUUCGCGAGCUGGAAGGGCACCUCGUGGGAAUUAUCGCCAGGACUCGCCAACUUCCUGGCAGGCGGCCUCGCAAGCAACAUGUACUGGUUCGCCGCGCUGCCAAUGGACAACAUCAAGAACCGCAUCAUGGCCGACUCGCCGACAAAGCCGAAAUAUCCCUCCGUCCUUGGAGCGUACAGGACGGUGUGGCGCGAGACGUACGAUCCGAGUCGCGGGCUUGGGUGGAAUUCUCUGGCGAGGUUGAAGAAUUUCUACAAGGUGAGUUCACUCGGGUGGGUGUGGGGUGUGGGGUGUGGGGUGUGGGGUGUUUCUGGGCCGUGGUGAGGGUAGGACAGCUUGAGGGAGAGCAAGUUGGUUCGCAGAGCGGAGAGCGGAGCAGAGGAACCAGCUGUGAGACGAACACCGUAGCUGACUUCACAGGGAUUCGUGCCCGUCGUAUUGCGCGCUUUCCCCACGAAUGCGGCCGCGCUCGCCGUGUGGGAGGGAACAAUGCGCUGGGCCACAAAGUAAGAGUUCACACUUUGGGCACUUGGGCCAUCUUGGGCAAUCACCGCUCCGCCCGAGAGCGUUAG